AUGGAGGACAUACCAAAUCACUACAGGAAGUAUUACGUGUCGUACAAAAAAAUAAGGAGAAAAAUAUUGAAGAUGGGAAAAAAGUACAAAAAGAAGCUAGAAAAAGGCCUAUUACAGAAUGCCGCUAAAAAGGUGGAUAAGCAAGGUAUAAAAAUGCUGCCACCAUUUUUGUACAAUGAUAUCAUUAGUCAAGAAAUAAAGAAGAUAAACACAUUUGCAGAAAAUAAAUAUAGAGAUAUACUUGACAAGUUAAUUAGUAUGUAUAAUAAAAUAAAAUCCAUAGAGGGUAGCAUAAAUAAUGUGGAAAAUGGUGAAAUAGAAAAAGAACUCGAUUUAAUAGGAUGUGAAAUAAUACAUUUGGAUUUUUAUGUUCAUAAAAAUAGUAAAAUUGUAAUGAAGUUAGGUUUUUUCUUUGAUAAAAUAAUGAAUAUAUCAAUAAACCAAUGGCUCUUACUAAGUUUGAUUAAAGAGAAAUUCUGUAACAUAAACAUUGAUAACUUAAUAGUAUAUUUGUCUUAUUUAUAUACCUUACUUCGUUCAUUAAAUGAACAUAGUAUAAAAGAAAUAAAUAAUACUACAUGGAAACCGCCAGAUACGUUUGAACGUAUUUCCACAAAAUUUUUAAUAAAAUAUGAUAACAUCGUUUAUACAAAAGUAAAAAUUGUGAAGCAUCUACCUUACCUAAUAUUUGGCCUCAGUAACGAGGAUCUCGAUGCCCAUUUUAGGUGUUUAAUGAAAAGUCAAAAAUAUGAGUCAUGUGAAGUGGGUAGUUCAAGGGAAGCAUCUAACGUGGCUGCUAGUGUAGCUGCUAGUGUAGCUGCUAAUGUAGCUGCUAAUGUAGCUUCUAAUGUAGCUUCUAAUGUAGCUUCUAAUGUAGCUGCUAAUGUAGCUGCUAAUGUAGCUUCUAAUGUAGCUUCUAAUGUAGCUGCUAAUGUAGCUGCUAAUGUAGCUUCUAAUGUAGCUUCUAAUGUAGCUUCUAAUGUAGCUUCUAAUGUAGCUGCUAAUGUAGCGGCUAAUGUAGCUUCUAAUGUAGCUGCUAAUGUAGCGGCUAAUGUAGCUGCAAAUGUAACUCCGAACAUAACUUCUAACAUAACUGCUAACGGCACCCCGAGAGGAGAGACGGAUGGGGAGGAAGAGAAUAUUAAAUUGCUGAACGAGUCACAGCAAAUAACUUCUGUCUAUUUUGACAACAAAGAGGCCACAUGCUAUUCUAAAAGAAUUCUUAGGUAUGAGAACGCUCAGCUUAUUCGAUUCCGAUGGUAUAACGAUAAUGAGGAAGACCCUGACAAAGUGAUAUUCAUUGAAAGAAAAACGCACCACGAGGAAUGGACUGGUGAGGCCUCGACAAAGGAAAGGUUUGAGCUUGAACAGAAAUAUGUGUUAAAGUUUAUGACGGGUAAGUUAAAUGUUAAAGAUUUUUUCCUGAACAGGUUGAGCAAAAGGAAGCGGCAGUUACUGGGUAGAAGCACGAAUGGGGGUGACGAGAUAAAGGAUGGUGGAGGUACAAACGACGCAGAAGCAGUUGUAGCAUUAGAGAAAAAAAUAAAGAAAAACAUAAAACUGGGAAAGGAAAUACAGAAAAUGAUAAUACAAUACGAACUGGAACCAGUAAUAAGGACGUCUUAUUUGAGAUCUGCUUUUCAGCUGAGCAAUGAUAAUUCUGUUCGAAUAUCCAUAGACACUAAUGUGUCUAUGUUAAAUGAGUACGUUGAAAGAAGAGAGCAUUGGUGUAGAUUAGCUGAAGAGGCCUUAGGAAAAAAUGAAAUAAUUAGACUAAACUAUGGUAUUAUAGAAGUGAAAUUAAAAGCAGAAAAGAUGCCUGAAUGGAUUAAUAAUAUAUUAAAUAGUAAUGAAUCUAUUAAUGCAUAUAAGUAUUCGAAAUAUCAAACAGCUAUGGCUCUAUUACACUCAGAAAAAAUUAAGUAUAUACCUAUAUGGAUACACAGAAAUAUACAUGAAAAAUUUAACUCAACAAAUAACUCAUCAGAAUUUACGUUAAAACGUUCAAGUGGUUAUAAUAUGCAAAACACACAUCUAGAUUCUGUAUAUACAAAAGAAAUAAAUAAAAAUCGAUAUUAUAAAAAAAAUUUUGUAUCAAAUGAGUAUAACAGUAUUUUUGAUUAUUCAAGUUAUAACUCUUUACACAAGGGGGAUUUAAGAGAAAAAACAUUUUCAUGGAUAAAUCAGAAAUAUAAUAAAAAUUUUAAAACAUUUGAAAAAAUUAAUUUACUCAAAAUUGAUCCAAAAAUUAAUUUUGCUGCUGAAAGGACAUUCUUACAUUAUACUCUUGUGUCUGUUUAUAUUACCCUGUUGGCACUAUUUUUAGAGAAGUACAAAAAUGAAAAUAAAAACCUUGACAUUGUUAUUAUUUUGCUACUAGCCACUUCGCUCACAUCCCUACUGUCUUCCUACUUCUUCUUUUUAAAGCGAAUAGAGAUCAUUCAAAAGCGAAAAACGAGGGAACCCCUUCUGGCACGUCUACGAUUUGACAGUUUUUAUAGCCCCUUAAUUUUUUUGUUACUUCUCUUUUUUUCAAUUAUAUUGUCAAUAUAUUUUAAUUUUAACAUUAAAUAG